UUUUAUGUAUAUAUUGUACAUUCUAUAUCUCUUGCUCUGCUCUGCACAACUACUACGUUUUACCAACAUGGUUCAAUCGAAGAAGUUCAGAGGUGUCAGGCAGCGUCAUUGGGGUUCUUGGGUUUCUGAAAUAAGACACCCACUUUUGAAGAGAAGGGUGUGGCUAGGAACAUUUGAAACAGCAGAGGAAGCAGCAAGAGCUUAUGAUCAAGCAGCAAUAUUAAUGAGUGGUAGAAAUGCCAAAACAAAUUUCCCAAUAACACAAACUCCUGAGGGUGAUCCAAAAAGCAGUACUAGCACUGAUCAUGACAAACCUUCAACUUCGUCAAAAGAUCUAGAAGAAAUCUUACACGCUAAGCUUCGAAAAUGUGGCAAAUUACCAUCUCCUUCAAUGACUUGUUUAAGGCUUGACACAGAAAACUCUCACAUUGGUGUGUGGCAAAAACGUGCUGGCAAGUGUUCUGAUUCAAAUUGGGUUAUGACUGUUCCACUUGGAAAAAAGAAGAGUGUAACCGAAGAUAGUAGCGGUAGUAGCAGUAGUAGUGUUGUGCCAUCAUCGGUGGUGGCAACGGAGGAGGAGAUUGUGCGAGGAGAGAUUGAUGAAGAAGAUAGAAUUGCACUUCAAAUGAUAGAGGAACUUCUUAAUGACAAGAACUGUCCUAGUCCAUCAAUUAACAAUACUAAACAAGGAGAUGAUAUUGAUAACACUUUUUUUCUUUAAAAUGUAUGUUAUUUUUCUAUCUAUAUUAUGGUAUUCACUUGUUGAUUAAUUUAAUAUAUAUAUUUUUUUUUUAUCAAGGUCAUUAUUUCGGAGAAAAAAUAAGUUUGUAGACUACUUCUACAUGUAACAUGUGGGAAUUUCCA